AUGUUCCUCUGUCUGAAAACUUCUCCUUGUCCAAGUAAUUAUUGCUGCAAGGUUGUUGAGAGACAUCAGUACCGGUCUCACUCACCGGCUUUCCUGCAUCGCGAACUUGGGUUCCGGUCAAUGUCCCGUUGGAUCGUUCGUCCCCGGAUUUUCUUCGCUUCCCACACCUGCGCUCCCUUUUGGAUUUUCCGAUCUCGAUCCCAAUACACCUGUACAGGCCACUUGGGCCCUAUUCGAGGAGUUUUCUGCCUAGGUUCUCUUAAAUUACCGCCGGAACGAGUGCCUCCAAUUCACCAGACGACGAAUUGUUAUUCGGCUUUGUUUACCGGAUCGGGGAGAAGAUUUGGGUCCCCUUGUUGCGUCGAGUGUUAUCACGUAAUGGUGUUGACUUGCGAAACUUCACCGGAAGCCGAAUUUCUGAGUAAUAGAAACUAG